AUGUCUAAUCAAUUGUUGUCCAUCAGUUUAGCUCUUUCCCACUUGCAGACCCCCUAUUUGCUUUCGAUUGUCUAUGCAAAGUGCUCGAGGUUGCUAAGGCGCUCUCUCUGGGAUGACCUUUUCUCCAUCAGCAGAUCCAACAGCGGGCCGUGGGCAGUCGCUGGAGACUUCAAUGCAGUUAGCAGCUCCUCGGAAAGGCUUGGCAGAGUAUCUAUUUCCAGAGCAGGAGAUGAUGAGUUUGCGGCUGUUAUAAAUAGUGCUAGCCUUCUGGAUGCUGGGUUCUCUGGAAAUAGGUUCACCUGGAGCAAUAACCAAGCUGAGAAUUCCCGCAUUUGGGCUAGGCUGGAUAGGUCCCUGUGCAAUGAUGAGUGGUUAAGGUGCUUUCCCAGAUUCAAUGUUUUGCACCUCCCCAGGAAUAAUUCAGAUCAUGCCCCAGUCUUGCUGAAUUUUCCUGGCCUAACUAAUAACGUCGUCAGGCCCUUCAGAUUCCAGCGAAUGUGGUUUCUUCACGACGGAUUCCUGCAAAUAGUUAAGGAUGUGUGGUCCAGGGAAUAUGAUGGCUCGCCAAUGCUUGCGCUGUUGCUGAAACUGAGGAAGCCCAAGCUAGCAGUGAAAUUUUGGAACAAGGCUGUCUUUGGUGAUGUCUCCGCAAGACACAAAUUGGUGGAGAGUGCAGUGGAGCAAGCUGAACUGAGAUUGCAAACCUCUCCUGAUUCAGUCCCUCCUCCGAUCCGUUGGCCACCAAGAGCUACCUGGCGCAAUGUGAGUUGGCGGAAGAGAUCUUUUGGAAGCAAAAGGCUAGGAUAA